UGCCUCAGCGCUCCAGCUUGUGCACUCCCGCAUCGAUCUCUGCGAUGCGCACCCACGUCGAGCGCCCCCGCAUCAUGCCCACCACGAUCAUCAAGGUCGAGCAGGAGGAGAUCGACUCGGGGAACUUCCGCCUCCUCGAGCUCACCCACUUCGACGCUGCGGAGGACGCACCCAAAACGCUCUCGGCGGGCAACCCGUACAUCCCCCCGGCAGAGGGCUGCCCCAUCAACGGGCUCCCCACCGAGCUCCUCACUUACAUCUUCGAGAUCGGCGCGGAGAGCGACGCGCGGAAGCGGGCCGAGGACGACGAAGAGGACAGCGAUGACGACGAGGACGAGCUCGAGCUCGAAAUAGAAUCGUUGAAUUCUGAGGACGAGAGCGAGGACGGGGAGGAGGAGCAUCGGCCUGACCUCGAGUUCCAGGUGCUUGUGUCUCACGUGUGUCGGCGAUGGCGCGAGGUCGCGCUGCAGACCCCAAAUCUGUGGGUGCAUCUGACGUUCAACGAGGGCCCGCCGUUCGACAAGUCCAAGGCAUGGAUCGAGCGCUCCCAAGGCUGUCCGCUCUUCAUCGCCAUCAACUGCGCCGGAGACAGCGACGUCGAGGACUUUGAAGACGACGACGACGACGACGACGAAGAGGAGGAGGAGGAGGCAGACGACGAGCAGAACUUUGCACACGAGGGCGAGGCGGCAGCCGAGGGCGCACUGUCGAUGACCGCAGCGACCCAUCGCUCGUCGAAACUAAAAGGCCCGCCGGGCCCUCCGUUCUCCCCGCAGGACCUCGCGACCAUUCAGACCCUCAUCAUGCCCGAGGUCGGGCGGUGGUUCGUGUUCGAGCUCAUCGUCGAGGACUACCUCAUCAUGCACCGCACGCUGCAGUCCCUCGCCGCCGCGCCCCCCGCGCCGGAGCUGCGGCACCUGCACCUGUACCACUACGAGGACUGCGAGGACUACGACACGUUCCGCCACCCGAUGCUCGCCGCACCGACGGUGCCCUUCGGCGGGCACGCGCCGCGCAUGACGCACUGCGCGUUCUGGGGCGUGCACCUCGACUGGGGCCGCUGCGACUUCCUCGCCGGCCUCGAGGAGCUCGAGCUCGCGUACCACACCAAGGACGUGCGCCCAUCCUACGCCGACUUCGCGCGCAUGCUCGUGCGCUCGCCGAACCUCGAGACGCUCACCCUCUGCCUCUCCGGCCCCGCGGGCGACCCGCGCGACUGGCCGAGCGAGCGCAUCGAGCUGCCCUCCGUGCGCAGCCUCGUGCUCUCCUUCCUCGAGCCCGCGUACGCCGGCGCGCUCCUCGAGCGCCUCGUCUUCCCGGGCCUCGUCGACCUCGCGCUCGACUUUGACCAGGACGACUACUCCCCGCUCGUCGCGCAGAUGGCCGCGCCGCUGCCCGGCCACGCGCGCUCGAUGCUGCGCUCGCUCGAGGGCGUCAAGCUCUCCGGCCUCCCGUGCACCCAGGCCGCGAUCGAGACGCUGUAUGCCGCGAUGCCGAACGUGAAGAUGCUCAACAUCAACUGCAACCACCUCGACACCGCCUUCUUCGAAAAACUGAUCGCCGGACCGUCCGAGCACGCUCAGCCGUCGCCGUCGUCGCCGUCGGCGGCGGCGGUGGCAGCAGCGGCGACGUCGACGGCGGAGUCGCCCGCGCAGGGGGGCAUGUUCCUCCCGCACUUGCACACGAUCUCCACCACAGGCAUACCGGGAUCGCAGAUGCGCAAGUUCAUCGAGGCGCGGCAGGCGCAGCGGUUCAAGGGGGUGUAUAUGGAGCUCGAGGACGACGUGGAAAGCGAGGACGAGAACUGGCUGCGGAAAAACGUAGACCACUUUGCGUUUUUCGAAGGGUCAGAGGACGAGGACGAGGACGAGGACGUGGAUGUGGACGUGGACAUGGACGAGGACGAGGACGAGAAUGGGGACAUGUCGCUUUUUGACCUUGCCGAGGAAGAUGAGAUCUUCGCUGACUGGGCGGGCAUGUCGUGAAAAAGUGCCAGUCGACCUUGUUCUGGAGAUCGUCUAUAGCUUGUAUAUGUGUUUAUGCGGUCAUUGUGAUACUCUCUCACUCAGCGAUCACACUAUGAUG